CUUCCCUCUCCUCAUCCGCGGAACCCACAGGCGCGAUCACGCCAUAGCCCUACGGGAUGAUGUUCUCCCAAGCGCCCCUAUGGCUGCUGCUUGCCAGCUACAGCUAUACACGCCCAGCACUCGGAGCCCUGAUCGAGACUCAAUCCGAGGACGAUCUGCUCUCCUUCGUGACGCUCCCGAAUGUCCGCGCACUGAGAUUCGAUGUCGACUAUAAAGAUCGCGACCGCGUUAGCCCGGGGUACUGGUUCGUCUCGCCGUAUGGGCAGAUGGAUCCCGAGCCGCAUACGCAGCGAUAUACGCCGUAUCAGGUUGGGCCGUAUAUCUAUGAUGCGGAUGGGAACCUCAUCUGGGCCGGCUCCCCGCUUUACGAGAAUCGCAACGUCUUCGACUUUCGCGCCGUACACAGUAUCGGAGACGAACCGCACCUCUCAUUUGUCCUCCAGCACAAUCAUGAAGGGGACCUGGGCAGCGGCAUGAUCAUGAGCAAUGACUACGAGAUCAAGCAUCAGAUCAAAUACCCCACGGAUAAAGGCCUGGGCGCAUUCGACAUCCACGAGUGGAACGUCCUGGACGAUGGAAAGACAGGCUUGGGAAUCGCCUACCGGAUCCAUGAGGUCGGUAUGGAUUCUCUUGGGCGUCCGGCGGAAAAGACACAUGUGGCCGCCGCGGGGUUCACCGUACUAGAUCUCGAGUCCGGAAAGCUCCUCUGGGACUGGGAUGGUGUCGACAAGAUCGGUCUGACAGAGAGCUAUCGGUACGGGCCUGAAUCCCUCCCUGCAGCCUCCCCGGGGUGGGACUAUGUGCACGCCAACUCGAUUGACCGAAACGCCGAGGGCAACUAUAUCAUGUCCAUGCGAUUCACCGACACAAUCUACAUGAUCUCCGGCGUCGACGGGCACAUCAUGUGGCGACUCGGCGGGAAAACCAGCGACUUCAAGCAGGACUUUAUCUUCUCGCGGCAGCACGACGCGAAAUUCCUCGAGUCGAACGGGACACACCACGUCAUUUCCUUUCUCAAUAACGCUUCCGACGAGGAAUGGGCCGGCGAGGUCGUCUCCUCCGUCCUAAUCGUGGAACUUGACGCAACACCCGGUGUAAUGACAGCCAAGGUCCUGCGGCGGUACAACCGGCCAGACGGCCAACUGACGCGCCUCCGCGGAAACGCGCAGCAACUGCCAAACAAAAACAUGUUUGUCGGGUGGAGCGAAGCCGGGUAUAUCAGCGAGUUUGCGGAAUCCGGCGAGCUCCUAUUCACAGCGCGUUUCGCCUCAACACGGUUCAACACCUACCGCGCAUACAAGGGCGAGUUCAUCGGCCGCCCCAAGACACCCCCGGACCUCGUCGCAACCGUCUCGGGGACAAACAAGGUCGACCUCUCGACGACCUUGUACGUAAGCUGGAACGGCGCGACGGAGGUCGCCAGCUGGAGGUUCUACGCGCAGGCGACGGAAUACAGUAGCCCCGUCCUUGUCGGCGAGACGCCGCGCGUCGACUUUGAGACCAUGUUUAUUUCGUCGGGCUUCCUCGACUGGGUGCGCGUCGACGCAGUCGAUCGCGACGGGAACGUCCUGGCUUCCUCUGCCGUCCAACGCACGCAGACGCCCAAGUACUGGCGCUCCGCUGCUUUUGCGUCGCAGGAUGAUCUCACGCCGACGAACCCCGCGCACCUCGUCUCCGCCGCGACAGCCAACUCGACGUCUGCGGCCUUGGCCUCCAGCGGCUACGCCCCCUCGACAGCGCACCAGCAGGACGUCAAAGAGGUCCUGGCUGUCGCUGAUGACACGUAUAACCUCCUGCAGAUGAUCGGGGGCCUCUUGCUGUUCGUCAUGCUGCUUGGGCUUGCGUAUGCGCUGUUUGUUAGUGGGUGCUGUGGUGUUUUGCGGAGGCGAGCGAAAGGGAAACAGCCGUAUCGGCAUAAGGGGGAUGAGUAUGGCGAGGAGGCGAUUGGGUUAAGGUCUGUGCCGCCUCAGUGAUGCGUGUCGGGCAUGCGGCGUGUGGACAGCCGGGUUAGAGCUGCCUUGUUUCUUUAAUAUUGUAUAUUUUUCCCUCGAUACAUAUUUACUUAGCGACAAUCGGUUGCGGUGUGUAAUUGCUUGUACUUCUAUAUUGUUCCAGGACUGGUUUGGAAACCAUAUCAAGAACAGAGGCAGUUAGUGAGCCUAGUUCUCCGUGUAUCCCCGGCUUGCGCAUCCCCUGUUACUAAAUCGAACCUGAGAGGACUAUUGUAGAAGGCGCAUGCGAGGGUUCUAGAGGGUCUUUCCUGAGGAAAAGCGCGUCUUGCGGGGUAUUUUCCCCCUCGCUAUACUUCAUGUGUACUAUGUGUUGGAGUGGUACAAAGGUCGACCCUUCUGGUGCAGAGGCAAGGAUUCAACAGCUGCCUACGACCGACUGGUAAACUUGGAUGUUUUUUGCGUUGAAUUACUGGCACAUGCUUAUUGGUCCUUGGCCGAAUUUGGUUCCAAGGUCGAGGCAGCUUCUUGGCGAGCCAAUACAUCGAGG